CUCCAGCCCAUCCCUCUCUUGCGACAGCAACAAAACCAGGCCAUAACAAUGUCUCAGCAUCAGAUUUCAUGUCUGUUAGCAAACGCCUUCUUCUGCACCUUCCCUCACAGGAACGACACUAAACCUGGUUCAGAAUACGCCAACUACCCCACCAUUAACUUCAGCAGCCUAUUUGCUGAUGAGAAAGACCCAGCAAAAUUAGCCCAGAAAGCACAGAAACUGAGGGCCAUAUUCCAUUACUUCAACACAGUGACAAAUAAAACUCAUGAUCAAGAUCUAGCAAAACCAGAUGGACUGGUUACUUUUGAAAGGACUAGCAUUCAAAAAUCACAUCUCCCUAAAUGGAAAAAUCAGAAGAAGACUCUGAGGAACCUUCACAUCUCUUCAGCAGGAUCCAUUGAGCAUGAUGGUACCGGCAUGCUGCAGGUGGACUUUGCCAGCAAUUUUAUUGGUGGUGAAGUGCUGGGGUCAGGACUAGCUCAAGAGGAGAUGCUCUUCUACAUGACUCCAGAGCUCAUUGUGGCCAGACUCUUCACAGAGAAACUGGCUGAUAAUGAGUGCCUUAAGAUCACAGGGCCUCAGAUGUACUACUUUACAUCUGGCUACAACAGAACCUUUUCUUGGGUGGGUCCAUACAUUGAUCGCGUGAAGCGGGAUAUAUGGAAGAGACGUUAUCGGCAGAUUGUCGCCAUUGAUGCUCUUGACUUCAAGAACCCGAAGGGUCAGUACACCAAAGACAACAUAAAACGAGAACUCAACAAGGCAUAUGUGGGAUUCCACGGAAACCCAAAAACAGCCAUCGCAACAGGCAACUGGGGCUGUGAUACCUUCAACGGAGAUCCUAAACUCAAAGCUCUCAUCCAGUUGAUGGCUGCCGCAGUGGCUGAACGAGACAUGGCUUACUUCACCGCUGGCAAUAAAGAACUUGCAAAAGAAUUACAAAGCAUGCAUGAGGCACUGACCAGAAACAAUGUGACCGUGGAUAAACUGUACAAGUGGCUGAAGAAGUUCUGUGAAAAUUACGCCCGUGAACAACACUCACCAACAGACCUGUACAAAUUCAUCAGAGAGAAGAUCAGCCAUAAGAAAAAAAUAUUCUGAAUCUGUCUGGCUAGUGGCUACUGUCAGAUCCAGUACAGAAAAGUAGUCAAAAAAGUUAAGCAGUAUUAAAUAUGUAAAGCUCAACUCUGAAGGAUCUGAAUAACAGUAGCCUACUAAUUAACUUUCUUGCAUCAAGUAUAAGUAAACAACAGCAGAAUAAAACUGUAAUACUUUUAUUGAAUCAAUAUAAGAAUUUUGCCACUUAAUGUCAGCUUAUUGUUUUUUUAACAAUUACAAUGAAAUAAAACGAAACCAACGUGUCUUUUCAUUACAUGAACAUGUACAUACAUGGAGUAGCAAUUUAUCAUCCAUUGCACUUAUACUGUUUCAAACUUUUGUUUCUGUGCCAUAAACGCCA